UAGAUGCCUGUUGCUUGGGCUGAGCACCGCGCAUGUGCUUACCCCACUUCAUCCGUAACAUCAUGCCUUCCGCGGAUCCGCGAACAGGGUUACGCAUACUUUACCAUCUUGAACAUGUCUGAUAGAGUCUUCAACUAACUUAAACUGCACUUCUUCGUUUGUACGAGACCUGAAAAUCACGUCUGUCACCCACAAAAUGCAGCCAGAUCCACAUAGCACCGACGUCGUCGCCAACAUCAACUACUUCCCUGCCACAGGCGUGCCAAUCCCCAAAUCAGCAUGGAAAACGAAAUAUCUAGAUGACAACGAUGAAUACACUCGACCUAUGCUGAUCAGAGAUGUACGCAAGGCCGAUAAGACCUUCGACUUGGAUGUAAACGGCUUCACGUUCGUGACAUUACCACGCAAAGAGAGAGUAGGACGUAACAGCAGCGAAGAAGAUGUCAAGCGAGAAUACUACCCUGAGCUAGAAGAAGUCGCCAAGAAAUUAACCGGCGCAUCAACAGCCCACGUAUUCAACCAUGUUAUCCGUGCCCACUCUUCCCCCACGGAAAAAGGCAUUCAAGAUGCACAAGGCCGCUGGCAAGACAUCCCCUCGGGCCACCCACACGUCGACUACGAAGGCUCCCCCGACGCCCUAUCAGGUACUCUCACGGAGCUCUCCUUCCCACCUCACAUCGAGGCCCUCUUCACCAAAUCCUCCCGUUUUUGUUUCCUCGGCGCCUGGCGCCCCUUGAAAACAGUGAAAAGAGAUCCUUUGGCCGUGUGCGACGCGACCACCGUUCCCGACAGCGAUUAUCAGAUCAGACUAAGGGAAUUUAGUCGUACGGGGAAUAAGAGUAAGAAUUAUGUUAUGAGUCAUGGAGAGAGCGGACAGAAGCAUGAGUGGUGGUAUAUGAGUAGCAUGCAGCCGUGGGAAAUGGUCGUGUUCAAGGGGUUGGACUCGAAGAGGGAGGAGCUGGGAUGGAGGUGUCCACAUACGGCGUUCAGAGUCAAGGGGACUGAAGGGGAGGAACCGAGGGAGAGUAUCGAAGCGCGAAUUGUAUGUUUCUGGGAAUAGGAGUUUGAGUUGCUAUCCUUGGGUUGGGAUAGAGGGUGUUGGUUAUAUUGUAUUUGUAGCAAUCUGACUCAGAAAGUGGAGCUGGUUGUGAUCCAUGCGCGUUGU